CGCACGGAGAGUUUGCCUCAAACUUUCCACUGAGAUUGAGCAGGAAAAGAUCCAGCUGUCAAUCAGGUCACGUGACGCGGCAGAGGAAUCCACAGAUCACGUGAUGAGCCCAAACACAUAACUGCGCAUAGUGUAACCUUUGCCAAAGAACACAGAUGAUGAGUAGACAGCUAUCACAGAAUUCCCUGCCACGAGCACCUCGUAUCCUGGAGCGGAGCGGGCUGGAGGAGAUGAGGACAUCUGUACAUGAUGAAUUCCUUCAAAAGCAUCCAUCUUCUGUAAAUUAUACUCCAGUUAUAAAACAAACAGAGACAUUGUCUAACAGUAUAACAGUUUAGAGGUUAAACCAUUUUAGUCUUUUGCUGUAUCAUCAUAAAAGUUUCUGUUCAGUUUAUCAAAAUGUAACUAAAGCGUUGCAACAUAACCCAGUGCUAACAACAGUGUGGUCAGAUAAAUAUCAGCUAAAACAUGUGACAGAAAGCUUUGAAACAUAAAAAUAUAAAAGUUACAAAGACGUCCAUAACUACAAUCCAUGCAUUUAUACAAGAUCUUCUCAUACAUGACUGUUAAACAUACCUGGUGACCUUGAAUGGCUCUUACAUCUCCACGUAUGAGUCUCAAUAACCCCUUAAAGUCCUGAGAAACACAACCUUAAAUGUUAUUUGUACAUUUUGUACAUUUAUGCAGUUUCAGGCUCUGAAUGAAGUUUCCAGAAAUCUUCUGUUAGUGAUCGGUCAGCCUCAGCCACAGGUUAAUGACUUACAAAUGAAAUGGGGCCACGUGCAGAGGUGCAUAUCCUCCAGUAGAGGGCGCUAAACAAUACACUGAAAUCCUGCUGAGGGCCCAUGAUAGAGCCAAGUGUUUAUUGGAGGGCAUUACAAAAUGCAGUUAUAUAUUAUGAAACUAAAAUUAUUACAACUUUACUCUAAUCAAGUGUUUAUGAGUGUGUGGGUUUGCAUGUGUGUAUAUUAAUUUGGAAAGAUUUGCUAAGAUUAACACGCUCCCAGUUUCCACAAUACCUCUUUGUUAAUAGAAAACAGAUUAGCAGUCAAGUGACCUGGAGUGUAUGCACCCCUGCCAGCAUGCUUUUGCGUCGACCCUCUUUUAAACAGAUCCGGUAAUGACACCCAACUUCUGUCACAUCACGCACCAUCAAUGACGGCAGUGUGAGUAAAGAUCUGCCGACUGGAGGAUUGUCAGUGGUCAUGACAGUCACAUACUCACGAAGGGUGGCUGAUGCCCGGCUGGGUACCUUUUAUCGUCUGCUACUGCGAUGGAAAGGAAGCAUCUAUAAGCUUUUAUACCGAGAGCUGCUCAUCUUUACUGUGCUUUACUGCACCAUCAGUUUUACAUACAGGUGUCUGCUGGAUGAAAAGCAGCGGAGGAUGUUUGAACAACUUUCCAUCUACUGUGAUCAAUACGCUCAGCUCAUCCCUGUUUCAUUCGUCCUGGGUUUUUAUGUCACUCUGGUGGUGUCUCGCUGGUGGGGUCAGUACGAGAGCGUCCCGUGGCCGGACCGGCUGGCCGCACUGGUUAGCGCUCAUGUGCGGGGAACUGAUGAAGGGGCAAGACUCAUUCGCAGAAGUCUGGUGCGUUACGCCAACCUGUCAGGUGUCCUGAUCUAUCGCUCCAUAAGCACUGCUGUCUACAAGAGAUUCCCAACUAUGGAUCAUCUGGUACAGGCAGGUCUCAUGACCCCUGAAGAACUGAGGCAGUUUGAGGAUUUACCAUCGCCUCAUAACAAAUUCUGGGUUCCCUGCAUGUGGUUUGUCAGUCUGGCCAUGAGAGCUCGAUCAGAGGGUCGCAUCAACAAUGAUGUCGCUAUGACCGCCAUACUUAAUGAGUUAAAUACACUUCGCUCUCAGUGUAUGAGAUUGUAUGGUUAUGACUGGAUCAGCCUGCCUCUCGUCUACACACAGGUGGUAACCGUCGCCGUGUACAGUUUCUUUCUGACUUGUCUGAUUGGUCGCCAGUUCCUCGACCCCGCCCAAGGUUAUCCAGGUCACAACCUUGACAUCUACCUGCCAGUCUUCACUUUACUGCAGUUUUUCUUCUAUGUUGGCUGGCUUAAGGUGGCAGAGCAGCUCAUUAACCCCUUUGGAGAAGAUGAUGAUGAUUUCGAGACAAACUGGUUGGUGGACCGUAAUUUACAGGUAUCUUUGCUGUCAGUGGAUGAGAUGUUUGAUUUGGUUCCUCACAUUGAACGAGAUAAAUACUGGAACGAGUCCGAACCUCAACCGCCCUACACGGCUGCCAGCGCUGAACACCGGAAACCAUCAUUUAUGGGUUCUGCUCUGGACAUCAGUGUUCCCAAAGAGGAAAUGGAAUUCCAGCACAAUCUGGAGCAGAUUAAAGAAAACGAAGAAGCCAAUCAUUCCACGCCAUUCCUGGGCAGCUUGAGUCGUCUUCUUGGCAUCCAGUCACCCAGUUUUCCCCGUUCAUCCCCCUCGUCCCGUGUCUCCCUCCUGCGACGUCGCCCCCGAGCUCCGUUCUCCCGUUUCCCCCUUUACCUGCACCCUGAAAGCUCUCCAAUGCCCAGCCUCAUCCGAAACCGUGACAUAGAUGAAAGCACCUUCUCAUCCAUGCCUCUAUACGAAAGACCCGGUUUCUACAGCUGUCCUCAGACGCCCAUCCACUGCAUUCCCCUGACCAUUCCACACCCGAGACCUCGAAGAGCUCAGGGUGAUUCUGAAAACAGCUCCACCUCCCUGGCACAACAUCCAGCGGGGUCAGAAGUCCCGGAUACGCCCGGGAAUAUACUGCCACCUCCGUCCUCUGCCUUCCCUUGGGUGAACGAAGACCACAACAAUCCUGCUUUCUCCUUUCCUGACCCAGUGCCCGAGCUGCCCAAAUUACGCCCGGGUCAGGGUUUGUUGUCGCGCCAUCCCCUGCGACUCUCUCUGGAAACCUCUCCAAAUGGGGAGGGGCAGUCGGCGCCCCCAAGUGCCAGGGCUGUUGGGGCAUCAGUGUUUUCUUUUACCCCUCCAUCAUGGCCACAAUCUCUGACCAACACUCUCAGUUCAGGAAGCAUAAAUGCAACAAACAGCAACAAAAACAUCAACAGCACAGGAAACACAUGCAUGAAUAACUCCUGGCCAAUCGCAGCCAAUACAUCUCCUACAGAGACUCAGCAAACGACAAAUCCCAAUGACUCUGGGAUCUCAUUGGCUGAGGGAGAUCUGUUGGAUCCUCUGGUGAAAACCAAUGGGAUGAGAGAUCAGAUAUAAGGGAAAUAAAACUCUCUGAUUGGUCAGCCAAUGAAAUAUCGCCACAAGUUAUCCUGUAGCUCAGUUAUUAGCAACCCAAAGUCCAUGGGUUUGAUCUUAAGGAACACAUAAACUGAUAAAUGUUUAGAUUGAGUGGACUGUAAGUCACUUUGGAUAAAAGCAUCUGGAAAAUGCAUAAAUAUAAUAUGUAAAUGUAGGUUUGAGAUUGGAAAGAGACAUACAGAUAAGAUCAGAUAUUAGUCAAGACUGAUGGAUCUAAGCAGAAGACGGUUAAAUGUCUCUCUGUAUCUCAUAAACAAUUAUAAUUCAAUGUAAAAAAAUCAUCCAGAAAUGUAAAUGUUGUCAUUAUUUCCUCACUGCCAUG